CUCUCAUCUAUUGGUAUUUCAUUACUUCGUGCUUGUGAUUUUGCAAAUUUUGCUGAUCUUGAGACGUAUCACUGAUUGAAAAAUCGAAUAAACUGCGAAAAAUCGGAGAUCCUUUCGAACUUUUCAUUUGCUGAUGGACAGUCAGGUGUGUGGGGACGGCAGGCUGAUAGAUGUGAUUGACGAGGGCUGGCGCAAGGAACGUCUGCCAAUCGACGACAUCUCGACGCCAGUGGCCGAGCUACCGGAUCCCGAGAGCGACAACGGCGAUUCUCACAUGACGUUGAAGGAAUUGGAGCAGAAGUGGAAUAAUUUGGCUUUGAGCUCCCUCAGUGACAAUCAUCUGCACUCUCCGACACCGCUACACAACUGAACAUCGUUAUUUCUAAUUUCCCAAAUUCUUUUACUGGAAGACGCAAUAGACCCAAUUGUAAUCUUGAUAUCUUGUCGCUUCGUCACAAUGGAAUUUCCAGAGACUGGCAAACGCUGCUCGAUGAAAGAUUGCAAAUUGUUGGAUUUCUUACCAUUUGAAUGCGAGCAUUGUCAGGCUACCUUCUGUAAAGAGCAUUUCAAUAUAGAAUCACAUGAGUGUUUGAAAACAGAGAACUCGAAAUCCACUGCAGAACAAUCGGUGAGCUUUCUAUGUUCUAAAGAAUCUUGCAAGGCUUCAUCACCGGUUGAGAUGCUCUGUGUCAAGUGCAAGAAGCAUUUCUGCGUGACCCACAGGCAUCAUGGAUGCUUGGAAUUGGGAGAAACGGAGAGGACACAAAAACUGAAAAAGUGGCAAAUACCAAAGAAACAAUUUGCAGAAGCUAAAGCUAUUGUAGACCAACAAAUCGCGGAUAGUUUGAAGAAAUCCAAAAAUACGACAUUGGCAAAUAAGGUACAACUCAUGCGUGUGAAAUGUUCUGCGAUUGGCCCUAAAAAUGUACCGACGAGCGAGAGAAGUUAUUUUCUCGUACACUUGCCGCUCACAGUUAAAAAUAAACAUAUAGGCACAUCAAAAGGCACCUUCGUCAACAUGCACUGGACGUUCGGCAAGUGUAUCGAUUCAAUAGCAGACACGCUUAAAGUUCCCAACAAUAAUAACACAACCACCACGAAUAAGUUGAAACUCUUCCGUCAUUCUACCGGAGAUCUGAUAUGCAGUAAGAUGGACACGCCUUUAACAAAAUUAUUUGAGGAUUCCGCUGUUUUUGACGGAGAGCGAGUUAUCUUGGAAUAUUCUGAUAAUGUACCUGAUGAUAUUAUAGAUCCAUCUUUAUAUACAUAAGUAUUGUACGUAUACUACUUUGUAAUGAAAUUUCUGCAAAUAACAGGCGAUAGGCCACUAAUAAUGCAA